AUGCCACCAAUCGCACUCGCCCCAAGGUUGCGAAGGGCAAAAAACCUCCUCACCUUCACCUCCGUCUCUCGCAACCUCAACCUCAACCUCAACCACGACCUCCACUCCCUCACAAAACGCAAAACGCUCACUAGAACCAACAUAAUAACCCUAGCUGUCUUCCUCGUCCUCCUCCUCUUCAUCAUCCUCUUCUUCGGCGUUUUUCUACCUCGCUAUAGACGACAAAAGGAGCUUAAGGACCGCCAGCAGGUGCUACGGGAGAUGUUGACGGCCGAGGAACGGGCUGCUUCUCGUGCUAGUGCUGGUGCUGGUGCUAGUACUGCUGGACGAAGCAGGACAGGAGGCGGCUCCAAUAAUGCUGGGGUUGGUCCACAGAGACAGGGAGGCGAGGCAAUUCCAAUGGACAAUAUGACGGUGCCGGAUGGGGAUGGCGGUUGGGUUGAGCCGCCGCCGCCGUAUGUGGCUGAUCCUAAGCCUGCUUAUCACCCAUGA